UUCUUCAAGGGAAGUUUACUGCUGUUACCUAAUCGGAAAAUCACCCGGCGGUGUAACAACAACGUUGAUCGCACUCCGCUGAAUUAUUCACUUAUUUACCAAUUAAUAUCAUAUGUAACUCAAAAAAUAACAAAGAAACGCGUUACUUUGCCAGUAGUUCGAUGUAAUUCUAUAUUAUUAUAGACGCUUUCGGUUUAAUAGGCGCUCUGGGAACAGACAAUGGGCUGCGACUCAACGCCGUCAUUUUCAUAAUAAGAGAAAAUGAAGUUUCCUUACACUACAUUUUUGUUAUCGACACAAAUCGUGCUGCUUUCGGGUCUUCGUAUACUACGUGGGCCGCCUCCGAACUGCACGCAGGAGGGCCUUGGAUGCAGAGCUAAUAUAAAUAACUGCUUGGACAAGGACUGGUUAAAGCCAAAUGAUUUUACUCCAACUGGGCCGGACCAGUUACAGGUGACGAUUGAAGUUAGAGAGGAGGACGGCAAGCAGGUGCCAGUGCUGAUGGUGAAAUGGAAAGCCAGGUCGGACGGAAGCAUCAAAUUUCUCAACGGAACAGAGGUCCAUGUACUGAAAAUGUCAAGCAACCAGAAUUUUUGUGUCCGCUACAUAUUUCUGAAUGCAAUUAAUUCCAUGAAGAAUGCCUAUUCUGAAAAUUGGUCAUUUUCACUGGACAGUCUGGUGGUGGACCCCGGCCAGAUGUACCUGGUUACUGUCAGUAACCUUCCAAAGCCAAAUAUGGGCCACGACAUAUAUAAUACUUCCAAAGAUAUUGUUGUUCCAGGCUGUCAAGAUAGGAUGAUGAAAAGGACGUAUGUAUGCUCAGAAAGUGGGAGUUUAUGGAAAUCAAACAUCGACCUGAGGAGGUCAGGGGUCGCUGGUGAAAAUGAUGCUAUCGCUGUGUAUUUCAAUGGCGAAGAGUCAUCCGUCAAGUACAAGGUGUCAGUUCAGUGCUCUGGGCAGACAAACUCUGAGACUGUCUCGCAGAAUGACUUGAAACGAAUGAAUGUGACAUUUCAGCUUGGGAAAUGGCCUCGGACAUGCUGUGAAUUUUCUGUUGAGAUUCAGCCAUUUUUCCAUCGGUGUAGAAAUGACUGUGUUCGACACCAGAAAAAAAUUAGUAUCUGUACUGAAAACAAAAAGCCUUUGAUCUGGCCCGUCAUCGUUGGGGUUUCCCUGGCCUUGGGGGUUUUAUGUUGCAUCGCCAUGUAUUUUUGGGUCCGGAAACCUCGCAAAGGUGUCCCACGUGAAGUACUCGUGGAAGAUCUCACCAUCACCCCUAAUAUACCAGACAAACAAAAAACGUCUUCUAAUGGCCCCAGGAGAGUGCUCGUCAUCUACUCUCUGGACCACACCCUGUACAAAGACAUUGUGCUCAAGCUGAGUGCCUUUCUGAGGGCUAAGUGUGGUACCGAUGUGGUUCUGGACAUGCUGGACACAGCAGAGCUGGGCACAGUGGGCCGCAUGCAGUGGCUAGACUCUCAGAAGCAGCAGAUGGAGAAGUCUUCCGACAAGAUCCUCAUCCUCUGCUCCCGGGGAGUGCAGGCCAAGUGGAACGCCAUGUGCACGAGGCAAAGGGUGAUGUUGAAAGAGGAUGUGCGCUCUCCCACCGGGGACAUGCUCACUCCCGCUUUCAGCCUCAUCAUACCAGACUUGCUGCACCCAGCUGCAUUUGGGAAGUACAUAGUGGCUUACUUUGAUGACGUUUCUUCAGAGGAUGAUGUUCCCCCACCCUUCAACAUCACCGUCAAGUACAAGCUAAUGAAGCACUUUGAAGAGCUCUACUUCCGAAUCCUGGACAAAGAGAAAUAUGAGCCCGGGAAGGUGAAUCGCAUCGAAGGCAUAGCUCAGGAUGAAUACUUCAGUUGUCCCUCGGGAAGAGCCUUGAGGGACGCCAUUGAGGCAUUCGAAGCCUACCAGCUUGAGCACCCCGACUGGUUUGAGAAGGAGUGCGUGGAUAGUGAGGAAGAUGCUUUAGAUACAGACCUGCAGUGCCCUCUUCUUGUAGAGACGCAAAAUAGCUCCGUCUUACAGUGUGUGCCAGACUGUAAGGAAGGGCCUCCUGUCUUAGUUAAUACAGUACAAGUGAGUGAGGAAGGCAUGGGGAUCUUUCAGUUCACACCAAUCAUGAACGAGAGCGAGGGAAAGAUAUUCACUCAGCAUGUCAAUUCUGCUCACCCAGAACUAAACCAAGUAUACUCAUUUUAUCCAUCUGCUCAACUAGAUCACAGCCAGGAAUACGCUGCACAACCAGCUGUAGAUGAUGAUAUGAGGGUGUAUAGAGCAGAAAUUCACCCCAUGGUCUGUCAAGAUGCAGCUAUUCAAGAGCUGUUUCCCCAAAGUCAUACUUGGCAUCAGGGGAGACCAGCAAGUCUGCCCGAAGAAACUGAUGAAAAUCAAUCGCCAUCUUCCAGUAGCCUUUCCGACGAAAUGCUAAGGACACAGAUAGCCGUCCAGCAGUCAUUAGGUCCCAGGAACUCUCAGACUUCCUAUUCUGAGGAGGAAGAAUUCCUGCCAGGGGCUGCAAGUGAUUGGAUGCAAGCAGAGUACGCUUUGAAAAGGCCGUUAAGUGACUCAGAUCAGGGCUACAUCUCCCGGACUUCCCCCCAGCAGGACUCCUCUCUCAGAGAAGACUUCCAGGAUCAUCGAGAAGAACUUCUUAAGCUCCAGAACACAUGUUUAUCUCUCAGCCUCAAACCCCAGGGCCAUCCUUUUGGACCACAAAACAACCCAGAAGAGUAUGAAAGUGAUGAAGAUUUAUAGAAUUCAUAAAUUCAUCAAUUACUGUUUAAGCAAUUAUCAUAAAUUACAUGAAUACAGUAAUAUAGUGUAUCCUGAAAAUCAGUUCAAACACAAUAGAAGAUUAGCGUGAAGUUAAACUGAAAUGGUUGUAACAAUGUUAUCUACAAUUGCUGUGGAAUACAAAGGAUAUCAUGUUACCUCUGAAAAAAGUCCUGGAAACAGGUUACAGUGCAAAUUUACAGAUUUUCAAAUAAAGUAUAAAAGACACAAGACGGGAUAUUAAGGAGGAACGCUGUCAGUUUGGUUUGGGGGGUUCAACCUAGACUGGAGCGCAUGGAAUAAUAAUAAUAAUCACAACAUCCGAAUAUAUAACACACAUGUGAAUUGUGAUUAAUGUUAAAAUCCAUGUUUUAUAAUUGCACUGCCUAACGAAUAAGAGAAAAAUAAAUCUUUUGCGGAAUUUUAAUCAUGCCCUAUAUUAAUUACAGAGAAAUGGAUCCGAUAGUCAGUUUGCCGUGACACAUCUUGGUUAUGUGCAUCACAGAUGAAAUAGGCCUAUAAGCGUGGUAUUAAAUGCGAUUUACAUAUCAAGCAGUUCUUGGAUUUCAAACUGUGAAGAUAUACCUGCCAUACGUAACAUGAAAAACGGUAAACGAUACAGAGCACUAAUCACUGAAAAAUGUAUUAAUGCAUAAUAUUUACUAUUAAUACUAUAUCGGGUAAAUAAUUGUACCCAGGGGCACUGUAAAGGGGGGGUAAACGAUGACGAUUCUCUGGGCCCAUGACUGAGAGGGGGCCCAGAGAAGCCCCCAAUAAACUGUGUUGGGGGCCCUGUCAAGAUUCUUUUCAUGGGGCCCAAAAUCCUUAGCAGCGCCCCUGAUUGUACCAAAACAAUAAAAAUUAUUGAAUUACGCCUAAGUAAUCGCUGCUCCCAAGAUAAACGUGACACCUCGCCUAUAGUUAAAAGGUGGAAUUAACCCAGUCAUGUGACCUGUAUACCGUAGCCCAGUACUUUACUUGACCGGGCAUAAAUAAUGUAGUAGCCUAUCUUAUGUAUUAGUUAAACACAAACUAAAUCUUACAUACUGAACUCAUAUUAAUUCACGAUGAAUUAAUCAUGACGCAUAUGUUUUGUCUCAAGCUGUUACUAUAUAUUUGUUACUAUGUGUGAAUGCUGUAAACCUUUGUGCAUUAUAUUUAAGGAAUAAGCAAUGAAUAUUACAAGUGAAAUACUGAUCUCAAUUUGUUCGUUCAUGAAUCGUGAUCUUUUACCUCAAGUGGCUACUGCAAUUGUUCAUAAUUUGUACGUACUUAUUCAGUAAAUUUUCGAGUUAUUACUAGUUGUAUCCCAUGAAGUAAAGUGUUACCAUUAGCCCUAUAGAUUUUGUUAUUGUUGUUACGCAAUAUCUUUGAACUGCUUGGGGAAUAAAUUUCGCAGCCUAUCUAUA